UGACAGAAUGGAGACGCCAUCUCAAAUAAAAAUAAAAAAUAAAUAAAUAUAAAAAUAAAAAGUCUCUUAAUGUCAAUAACUCAUGAUUCACAAAGCACAAGACCUGUGAGGAUUUUUCAUUUCUAUUAAAAGAGAGGGAAGUACAUAAUUCAAGUUGAAAUUGUCUUACAGGUAAAAUAACUAAUGCGUAACUCAUUUGAAUAGAGCCUUUCCCUUUAUGACAACCCUGUGCCUCUUCCUGAGUACCUCCACUGUCCCACCAAGCAUACUCACAGUCACCCCUAUUGCUUGGAUCUUUUCUUAUAACUUCUCUUGGUCCCUGAAAACUGUUACUCCACCAACUCAAAAUUGGACUUACCUUUCCUCUCUCUGCUUUGAAUCAAAGUAAUCAUAUUUCCAUUCCCUCUCCACCUCCCUCAUCCAGACAUCAUUUCCAUAAGGUCUUGAUAUCAGCAGAUAUACCACCAGACCUAGACAGCCCUAUAUGGGAGGCAUGAGGGCUUGUAACUUUCAUUCUGGGGUGACCCAGGCUUGACGUCAGGUCAUCAGCCCAACAUUCGAUCUCUAUCAGCCCAACACCUGAUUCCCAGGUCAGUUACCUACAUCCUUGGAGUUUUCUCUGUUCAAAUUUCUCUGAUAGGUUGAUGCCCGGUAGUCCACAUUUCUUUUACUCAAAAGAAGAGGGUUUGUACGAGAGGGUUUGUUCAAGAGGAGCCGGAAAAAAUGACACAAAAUCAAUAAACAGUGGAAAGUCAUGGGGAGGAGUAUUUUCUUUUCCAAAGAAUUCCCACUGGGAGCCCUCUUUUCCUUCUGGAUACUCUAUCAUCCUGCCUUGUCCCUGGACACCCACCUUACUUUGGCCUCUGCCCAGCAGCCAAACACUGCACCUCCUCCAGAGACUGGUUUUUCUUUGUGUUCUGGCACUUGGGGCUUUCCAGAUUGCAGGAAGAGACAGAGGCUUAGUGGCUGGAGAGUCCUUGUUUCUUCAAGUCCUCAGAGGAUACCUAAAAGACUAAGAGUAUAGAGUACAAACUGAAAGAAAAAAGAAGAUCAAAUAUUGGUAGCAUUUGUGAAAGGUUACUAUGUGCCAGGCAUCCUAAUAAAUGCUUUUCAAAAAUUAUCUUAGUCAGUUUUCAGAACCUCCUGAAGUAACUGUCAUCAUCUCAUUGACAUCUUAUAGAUGAAGCCGAGGUUCAUAAAGGUCACAAAGUUAGUAAGCGAGAGAGUUAAGAUCUAAAUUCUGAUAACUAUAAGUCACUUUAUUUUAUUGUAGAACUGUUCACACUAAUAGUGUACUUAAUAUCUUAAAGUCCAGUUCACUCUUCCUCAUUCUGCCUGGGUUCUCAAGGUAGGCUUUGCUAGUUAAAUGUCUCCCAUGACACUACUAUAAUGGCCUGUUGAGUGCAGAAGGGAAAUAGGAUGUUAAGGAGAGCAAGAAAGAUGAGCUUUUCAAAUUGGAGAUAGGAAAUGUGCCUGAGCACAAAGGUAUGAGAAGGGAAAUGUUCUCCAAGUAGAUAAUAAACCAGAGGUGGUAGAGUCAGGGGACUUCAAAAGGAAUGAAAAUACAAGAGCCUAGAGGGGUGCAUGGGGCUAUGUUUUCAAGGUCAUGACUUCUGCCUGGGCAUCAUCUUUGGGAAGAAUUAAACUUGAGAGAAAGAAGUCAACAGGCAGAAGAUAUAAAGUUGGUUGUAUUUUUAAUGGCAAACAUAUAAAUAUUUGGAAAUACAAAAAAUCAGGGGACAAUGCUGCAUAUUCCCAGCUCUCCCAAUCCUCAAUGGAGGUAUUUAUGAAGAGAAUGAUGAGAGGCUAUUUGUUGUCUUAUUUUGAGGGGUGAUGAGAAAGGAGUGGGAAUAGGCUUUGUGCCUUCUUCAGCCUAAACUAGCACAUUCUUAAAGACCAGGUGGACUUCAGUUUAACUUAACAUCUGAUAGAAGACCCAUUCUUCAAGCGUGCAAAACGACUAGUCCUCCCAACACCUGCUUAGUAUCUUAAACUCCAAAACCUGAUUCCCUGUAGAGUCAUUCAGUGAGCAGGCCAUAACAUAAACAUCAGCAAGCAUAUUGAACAUUGAUAAGUGAACAAUCAAAUGCAGAAGACAAUUGAGAUAUGAUUUAAGUAACCCCAGCAUGAGCUGAGUCAGCUAAACUGUGAUACGCUUUGCUAAGAUUCAACCUGUUCCUACUGAAGCAUUCAGAGCAGUAUUAGAUCCUCACAAACAGAUGGUGGCCUUAAACUCACUUUUUCAUUCCCAAUCCCAUGGGGGAAGACUUCCAAAUAGAAAUAUUCCAAAAAUGACAGAGACCAAAGAUAACAGAAUAAUGACAUGAGAAGGUAUUCUAUAUGGAAGUAAGAGUUUUCAACAUCUUUGAUUGUGCCUCCUUUAUCAUUAUUUGCUUAUAGUCCUUGCCAUUCAACCUUUAUAACCUACAUCAUAUAGAAGAAUGCUUAGGAUAACAUAAAACCAAUCAUUGAACAAAGUUGCCAUAGCCUAUAAGAGAACAGAAAAAGCAGACAAAAAUAGGCAAGAGUUGUAUAUCUCAAAAAUUGAGCAGAAAUGUUUGAUUUUGUGUCCAGCUAAAGUUGCCUUCUUGUGUUCAAGAUAAUAUGGCUAAAGAAACCUAAGAAAUAUUGACAUAGGUCUUCAAACUUCAGAAAACAGUUCAAUUCCUUCAUCUCUCCCUUUUCAAAUCUCCACACUGUACUCCAACACAAUAGAGGCAUUUAGAAAUACAUAAAGAUCUAUCCUCAGGAACACACAUGUCAUCUAAGUCUAUUAACUUGGCUAUUUACAUUAGUUGAUGCAGAAUCUUGAGGUCCUGAAAGUCCCCCACCCCAAAUAUUACUAAGACUCCCCAGGAGGUACCUGUAGUAGUUAUCACAAAUGAAACCCAGUGUUCCAUUUCUAGCAUUUGUGCCCCAGUGUAACCCCCUCUUCCUGAGUGGUGCUGGACCUAAUGGUUUACUUCUAAUGAAUAGAAUUCUGCAAAAGCUAUGAGAUUUCACUGUCCAAAUUAGUUAUAAACACACAGUGCUUUCCAUGUUACCUUGUUUUACUGCCUUUCUCACCUUUUAAGAGGUAACACAGUAUUGAUGGUUAGUGUUGAUGACUGAACUUGGCAAACAGUGUGCAAAAAAGAAAAACUAAAGACUAAUCUUAUAAGAACUGACCCAAAAAUACUAAAUAAAAUAUUAGCAAAUAUUGGAGUGUUUUAGAAUAGGGACUUCUCAAAUGUUAAUAUGUUGUAUAGUUUUUACAUCAGUGUUGUAGGCAUCAGGGAUAUGUUAGGCUCCAGAGUGAAGCCAAGAAAGAGAAUUUAGAUGCUGAAGUUCUAGCUGAUAAAGUAACAUAUACGUCUGAAUUCAGUAACUCUAAUGACUCCAACCUGUUUGGAUCCAUUUUGUAGUCUUUUUUUAUAAUGGAAAUUUGCACUUAAAAUGGAUUAGGACAGACAUUAGACAGCUGAAGAAAGUAUAGCAUAAAAGGAAGAGAUGAUAUAGGUGACAAGUGGCUGGAUUUUAGGGUAUAGUGGAAAUCUUUGACUGCCUGAAGACAUUAUAAUCUCAGAAGUUAUCCUGAGGGGAACUAGGGAUUAAGUCUACAGUUCACUAGGCCAAAGCUUUGUUCAUAUUUGCCACCUCGGCAUAAAGGCAAGUGUCAGGCUUGUGUGUGUAUGUGUGUUUGUGUGUGCAUACAUGCAUGCAUCCAAGUAUUGAUACACAAGUCCCAUUUCAAUCACACAGCCCUUUUUGCUUGAGCUAAUUUUCACUAGGAAGAACCCUGUCAUAUUUUCCAAGGGAAUAAAUUCAUUUUGGGCCAUCAAGAGCCAGCCAUAAUACCACCUAAUGGAAAAAUCUACAAGAUUCUGGUUAUUUCUUCACAAAAGUAUCUCUUUAUUACAGAAAAUGCAGCAGAAUCGUUCAAACAGCAGAAUAUCCUUAGAGAUGGAUGAGCUUAAUGAGUCUCUUGAGAUUGAGGUUCAGGUCAAGACACAUCAAUUACUUAAGGUCUUUGGCCUCCUGCCAGGAGAAUCUAUCACUUCCGGCUCUCUAUGUGUGUCCUUCUCUAGAGUUUCCAUUGCUAAAAAGCUAAUCAAUAAAUACAAGCACAUUUUAAGCAAGCUUUAAAUGUAUUUUCCAAAUUUGUCUCUGUUAUUUUAGUUCUGUUAUUUUAUGCCUGGAUCUUUUAAAAAUCAAAAUUGAGAAGGUGAAUAUAUUUUUAUGUUGGCUUAUAUUGGUUCUUAUUGACUUUUGUUUAUUUUUUGGUCCUCAUUACAUUUUUAAAUUAUGUUUAAUUUUAUUCUACCUGUUUCAUAAUUUCUUAACAAACAGGAACUAUGAUAAGAAGCAUGGGAGCAACAAUGGGAGAGUCCAUUCUAUCAUCAGGAAAAGUCUGACCAUUUAUUCCCUUUACCCACUGUAAGGUAUAUGGAUGUGUUUUGGUCAAGGAAUAAGCCAAGGCAGAUAUCCAGGCCUGCAUGAUUCAGCGAGUUUGUUGGACAGGUGCACACUUCUACUUGUUAUAUAGAUUGUUUGUGUAACUUCAUACUUGACUCUGAGCCACUACUGUCUGUAAAAGGUAUAAUCGCCCUGCUAACACUGUACAGGGGCUUUUGGGGCUUGGCUUAACUCAACAUGGUGCUGGGGCCCAGAGAAAGACAGGCAAAGCUGUCCAUCUUGCAGAUGGACAGAAGGGCCCCACAACAUGGCUCACGCUGGUGCCCAGAGUCCAAAAAUAUCCUUAUAAACUUCUACAGAGCCUUUAACUUAGAUGAGGAUGUGUUCAUACACCAGGCCAACCACCCACUAACAGUGCUGUCUAGUGUGGUGAUGGGUAGUAAUGACCACUCCUUGGCAGAAGGUGAUAAAAGACCUUGCUAUAGGGUACUACCUUGCUAUCUGGAACAUGUUUCCAGUAGAGUCUCUAUUUCCUGGAUCUCAGCCCUUCUACCUGUGGGAGCAAUGAAACACCAGCUUCUUGUUACUUAAUGGAUCUUAUCAUGCUCUUUCUGGUUAGCAGGUCAGUGUAUGAGCCUUAAAGCUACCAACAUGCAACACUGCAAGUGUUCAAUAGCCACAUGGGACUCCAUUGAAUUGGACUGCACUGAUUACAAAACACUUCCAUCAGAACAUUCUGUCCUAGCACUGCUCCAAGUCUUUGUAGGGCAAAACUAUUGUAUGGAUCGUGUUUUACUUCAUGUGGAUGUGAACUAUUUGAAGUCCCUGCCCUGAUGUAGAAAAAUAUUUGCCAAAUCAAUGACUGCAGUAUGGUGAUCAUUAAAUCAGAUGCUGAUUCAGGUGUUACUGUGCUGUGGCAGAUACUGUAUCUGGCAGAGCAGUUUAAUUGGGGCUAACAUUUGGUUGAAUUUGAGGUACUCUUUCUCUAGGAUCUUUGUGUUUUGGGUACUAUACUGGUGAACUAUAUAGGGAUAUGAUGAGGGCCAUUAACUCUGCAUCCUUGAGACCAUUUUAAGUGUCAAUAACGUUCUGUAUCCCUUCCGUUACAUAACACUGUUUACCGUCUUGUGCAGAGAAAGGGAAGUUUCAAAGGCUUCCAUCUAGCUUUCCCCACUGAGAACACUUGCCUCAUAGGCCAAAGUUAUAAGUAGACAUAUCUCUUCUGAGUAUACGUUUGAGGAAAAUGAUCACCAGGUGCAUUCGAAUAUCGGGGAUCCACUAUGAGCUGGCUAUCCAUUAUACUCCACUAUGAACUAAAAUCUGCUACCCAGCUUCCUAUUCCCCUAAUGACUGGGGAGCCAUAAUGAAUUUUGGGUUGCAUAAAUAUUGUAAUGUAAUAGACUAUAAAAUGGUCAUGGCCUAGCUCUUUUUUUAAAUAGUUACUCACAGAUCUUAUGUUACUCAGUAGUUACCUUCCACAAAGUCUAGAAAGCCCAGGAAUCUAGUGGUCAAUAUUCCCCUUAUAUAUCCAACCCCCCUACCACCCCCAGAAAUCCACAAAUCUCAUUGCAUGAGAAUUUCAAAGGUCUGUAUUCCUACCAGAGAAGUGCUGCUAUCUAAGCAUCCUUUGCAUUUAAUAAAUAAGAUGUUUGAGAAUUGCAUCAUUGGAACUGCCUGACCUAGGAUUACUAUUUUCAAAGUCUACUGGCAAAUGCUUUCUUUCAAAGCCUAAGUACUUUUCAGCCAAGUGACCUGUUUCUACAUUUUCUAAUAAGAUUAAGUUUGCUGCUGAUAAGGAAACAAUUUUACCUGACAACCAAGGUUAGCAGUUGAUGAUGGAAUAAGAGAUAAACCGAAUUAAUUCCUAGCAUAAGGAAAGUCUGUAUGAACUCCAAGCCUCCAUGUUAGGUAUCUCCCCCAACACCCUUAUAACAUGCAUGUGGAUGUUUUCCAACUAGACUAUUGAGUAGACCCUCCAAUAACUCAUAUUACUGAGUUAAGACACACGCAAAAUGUAUAAAGGAGCCGAUUUACUUGAAACUGC